AUUCCCUCAGCCGCCAUUUUUCUCCUCCUUUCCCCUCUGUCUCUCUCUCUCUCUCUCUCGAAGCCAUGCUCUCGCUGUCCGCCCGAUCCAUCCUCUCCGCCUUCCUCCCCAAACCCAAACCCCGCCGCCUCCUCCUCCUCAGACCCCGCCGUUCCUCCGCCUCCGCCUCCGCGCUGACGCCGCCUACCCCGCGUACCACCACCCCCGACCCCCCGGAGGACGCAGACCCCACGCCGCUCUUCCUCCGCCCGCCGACCCACCCCGUCCCGGAGGCCUCACUCGCCGCCUUCCGCCGCCGGGCCGCCGCGCUCGUCCCGCCCUCCGCGCCGCACCUCCACCGCCACCUCCGCUGGCUCCUCGCGGACGCCUCCGCCCCCGCCCCGUCCGGCGCCGACCCGGCGGCGCCCCACCUCCUCCGCGCGCCGCUCGAUGAGCUCGAGGCCCUGUGGCUCCGCCACGUCCGGGACAGGCGCCCGUUCCAGUACGUGGUCGGGAACGAGCACUGGAAGGAUCUGGUGGUCGCGGUCCGGGACGGCGUGCUCAUCCCGCGGCCCGAGACGGAGGCCGUCGUCGACAUGGUCGCGGCGGUCGAGGGGUUCCAGGACGGGUGGUGGGCGGACCUCGGGACCGGGAGCGGCGCCAUUGCCGUGGCCGUGGCCAGGAUGCUGGGGCCCGGGGGGAGGGUGUUCGCCACCGACGUCAGCGAGGUCGCUGUUGAGGUCGCGCGGCUCAACGUCCAGAGGUACGGGGUGCAGGAUAAAGUUGAGAUAAGGCGCGGCUCAUGGUUCGAACCUCUAGAAGAUGUCAAAGGAAAACUGAUGGGUGUCAUUAGUAACCCUCCAUACAUACCAACUGAUGAUCUACCUGGCCUGCAACCUGAAGUUGGUUGGCAUGAACCAAAAUUGGCACUUGAUGGAGGCAAAGAUGGCCUUGAUCAUUUGCUUCAUCUAUGUGAAGGGUUAUCUUCGGCACUGAUGCCUGGAGGUUUCUUUGUUUUUGAGACAAAUGGCAACAAGCAGUCAGAGUUUCUUGUCGACUUCAUUAGUACAAAGUGGAGCUCAUCUUUUUGCGACGUGGAGGCAGUUUUAGACUUUGCAGACAUCAAACGUUUUGUAAGAGGGUACCGCAGAUGAAAAAAAAUAUAUGGAUGCUGAUAAAAUAUUGUUUGAGAUCACUUCUGUUCCUUAGUGAUUUUGGGUAAGAAUUGCCCAAUUUCUGACUUGUUUGCAGUGCAGCAGCAGCACUUGGUUGUUUCAACCAUCAUCUUCUGUCUCUGGCGUCCCUGCAGUUUGUGGAUCUUUAGUUACUGAAAUACUCCGUCCGUUCGGAAUUACUUGUCGCAGAAAUGGAUGUAUCUAGACAUGUUUUAAUUCUAGAUACAUCCAUUUCCGAGACAAGUAAUUCCGAACGGAGGGAGUAUGUGCUUAUUCUAUGGUAGUCCUUAGUUACUACUCCCUUCGUCCCAAAAUAAGUGUCUCAAUUUUGUACUAACUCUAGUACAAAGUUGUACUAAGGUUGAGACAUUUACUUUGGGACGGAGGGAGUAUAUGCUAGAUUGUGGAAAACUGACAAGUGACGCUCAGCUUGGGACAUAUUAUAUGCUAACUGCUAAGGUGUCGUAUAACUUUUAAGGUGCCUUUUCUUUUUCUUCAGAUGAUGGCUUCUUGAUAUCCUAGUCAUUCAAGUGAUACAACACUGCUUUAAAUGAUACCUCUCUUUUGUGAAAGAUAUAAUUGCUGUCUUGUCGUCGUCUGUCCUCUUAGUGUAACAAAGAGAUGUUUUGCAGUUUACUGUAAGCUUGUGCAUAUGUAAUUUCUCUUGCACAUAGAUAAAAAACUUUUAAUAGCGAACCUCCUGAUGGAUGGCAAUUAUAUCCGUUAAUGUUUAAUUGUAGGAACCUCAUCUCACGUGAGUUCGUUUUCGCUCGUAAGUUUGCUGAAUUUUCAUGUCUGAACUUCCCAGCCCUGCUGACCUGGUUCCUGAUCGAAUAACAUAUCCAAUAGAGCUUUGAUGUGCAUUGCAACCAGUUUUUUUUUUCAGUCAUGGUAGCACCACUAUAAAGUUCAUGUGGGGAACACAACUAUGGUGUAAGUGAUAUUGUUAGCAAAGUUCACACAAAGCUGCAUCUAUGCUGACUACGUGUGAACUGAUCAUGGGUUCAAGCAAAAAGAUAAUGUUUCUCAUGUGUCCCAAAGUUGUAGAACUCGUCACGUGAAUUUGUGUACAUUCCUGUGCUUUUCCUUGUAUAUUCCUUCGUGCUAUAUAUCUAAACUUUGCUCUUUCUCUUCCUCUGCUUUUCAGACGCCUAUCAGUUGAAAAGAAAAAGGUGGUAUCGAUGUUCAUAUUCUGGGCAGGCUUAAGCGAGAAGCGAGCAAACCCAGUUACAUAAUUCCCUCUGGGGCACUUAUCACUUGCGGCUUAAGCGUCGUAGUGGGCAAUAACAUAAUGCAAGUCAAUCAUGAUCCCUGUGCAUGUGAGUGAGAUGAGAUGGAUUUUGUUGCCAAGCUGCCAUUGAUGGUCCAAGGAAGCUUCUCUACGCCACGGUGGACACAGGUCUUCUAGUAGCUUGCAUACAAAAAGGUGUACCUGGCAUUUGUUUUUAAGGGGUGGUAUGUGUGGCCAAUUGUUCUUUUUGGCGUGUUGGGCUGUCUGUGAUGAUGUGAUCUGGAGGGAGAGGCUGCUUUUGUAGCCUCCAAAUUAUUCCGCCGUCCACAAGCGACUGGUGUGCUUAAUUAUUUGUCCCUGCUGAUAA